AUGUCCAGAGUCCCAAGCCCCCAUCCUCUGGCGGAAAUGUCCAGCGGUCCCAUUGCUGAAAGCUGGUGUUAUACUCAGAUCAAAGUGGUGAAGUUCUCCUACAUGUGGACCAUCAACAACUUCAGUUUCUGUCGCGAGGAGAUGGGCGAGGUCAUCAAAAGCUCCACUUUCUCCUCGGGAGCCAACGACAAACUCAAAUGGUGUUUGCGUGUGAACCCUAAAGGUCUAGAUGAGGAGAGUAAGGACUACUUAUCACUUUACCUUCUCCUGGUCAGCUGUCCAAAAAGCGAAGUGCGUGCCAAGUUUAAGUUCUCUAUCCUCAAUGCAAAGGGAGAAGAGACCAAAGCGAUGGAAAGCCAGAGGGCGUACCGUUUUGUCCAGGGGAAGGACUGGGGUUUCAAAAAGUUUAUCAGGAGGGACUUCCUGCUAGAUGAGACCAACGGUUUGCUGCCUGAUGACAAAUUAACACUUUUCUGUGAGGUGAGCGUGGUUCAGGAUUCGGUGAACAUCUCGGGCCAAAACACUGUGAACAUGGUGAAGGUUCCCGACUGCCGGCUGGCCGAGGAGCUCGGAGAUUUGUGGGAAAACUCCAGAUUCACUGACUGCUUGCUGUGUGUCGCUGGACAGAAAUUCCAGGCACACAAAGCGAUCCUGGCAGCUCGCUCGCCGGUGUUCAGUGCCAUGUUUGAGCACGAGAUGGAAGAGAGCAAGAAGAACCGUGUAGAGAUAAAUGACGUGGAGCCAGAUGUCUUCAAAGAGAUGAUGUGCUUCAUCUACACAGGCAAGGCCCCCAACCUGGACAAGAUGGCUGAUGACCUGCUGGCUGCAGCUGACAAGUAUGCUCUGGAGAAGCUGAAGGUGAUGUGUGAGGAUGCUCUGUGCACCAGUCUGUCUGCGGAGAACGCUGCAGAGAUCCUCAUCCUGGCCGACCUGCACAGUGCCGACCAGUUAAAAACGCAGGCUGUGGACUUCAUCAACUAUCAUGCAGCUGAUGUGAUGGAGACAUCAGGCUGGAAGUCCAUGGUGAUCUCUCACCCCCAUCUGGUAGCAGAGGCCUAUCACUCUCUGGCUUCAGCUCAGUGCCCCUUCCUGGGUCCCCCAAGAAAACGCCUCAAACAGUCCUAGUGAUCCGGAGAGACUCUUGUGUUUCUUAACCUUGCUGUGUCCUCUUGCACCGGCAACCU